UGCGAUGGGCUGGAUGGGUUUUUUGAAGAGCCGGUUUUGGUGUCUCAGAUUCACAGGCCAUUGGGCCGUUUUUGAUGCACCUUUUGGUCGGAUAGGCGGCACAUGGUUGCAAAAUCUUCACAAAGUAAUCAAUCCAGGAACAGGACCUUUGGCAACCGGUCAUUUGGUUGGGGUUCACUGCAACGCAUUUGUUUCAAACCAUCAGGCAUCUUUCUCCAGGCAGCUUAUCUUUCUCCAGAUAGCCUCCUGAUCGCGGUGUGUUUUUGGCCGAUCUGCACCUGAACCAUCGGCAAUAACAUCAGUUUCUUCCCUCUUCAGACUCACACAAGAUCUGUUCAGGUUCCCAAUCUUUUUUGUUUAUUCUCCUGGGUGCCAGAAGCACACCUUCAUUUGGCUCUUGAAGCGGUCGCUGCUCGGAUGUUCGCCAAGUUUCGGUCGAUGUUCCGCCUGCUGGUGAUCGUGACCUGGCUGCGGUCGUCCGUGACGCCGGUGAGUGCGGCGCCGACCCUGCUGAGCUGCAUCUACGGGUGGGCGGAGUGCCUGGGCCUCCAGGACAGUGAUGGAUUCGAAGAGGCCCAGGAGCUUGGCUGCCCUACUACUGUGGAUGGAAGAUAUGCGGCGAGGACAGAAACUCAAUUGAUGAACCAAUUCUUCUCAGCCUUCCGGAUGAAUAGUGGUCAAUCGAUCGCUGGGUCCACGAUCAUGCCCUAUGGCGACGGCAUGCCGUGCACCUUUAACCCCGCGGAUGACGUGCCAGCCAAGGAGCAGAUUACCUCGCUGGAGGAUAUUCAGGUGACCUUUCCCAAUGGCAGCCGCGCGGUGGUGACUGGUGCAACCUGGCUACCGGCAGUCGAAGGCAACGAGUGGAUGACCCUUUUGCUGUUGGGCAAUUUCGGCUUCAAAGAGGGUGUGAAUCCAGCGUCUGUGGUGAUCGCCAAUUCCAACGCUUACACGGGGCAGGGGCUGCAGUAUGCAGACACUGGCCUGGAUUUGGUCUAUGCUGAGUUGCACGACAUCACAUCCUUUGAUGCGGCGGAUGGUCAGCCAACGUUGCCGCCUUUGUUGAUGCAGAACCCGCAAGUGCAAGCGUCCAUGGCGUUGUUGGCCAAUGACACUUGCAGUGUCCAUUAUCCCUCGACGACGCACGUGGUGCAGGUCGUGAUGAACGGUGGUGUGACGGUGACCUGGAGGAACAACAGCGACUUACCCGAUCACCUGCACCACAAGCCCGGCCACAAGGGUCUCUGGCAGUUGCGCAUUGGACCUAAUGGCCGGGUCCUGAAUGAGGAGGAGUAUGUCGGCAUGGGAGAUAUUUGGGACCCGGACAACAUCGUGGACCUUUGUCUGAAGUUGAACUCCACGACCCUGUUGGAGAUGGUAUCAAAGGGGCUCUAUGUGCGAGUCUUUUCAACCAGGAGCUGCUACUACCUGGUCCCACCCAAAGGCGACUGCUUGAGCCCCCUGGUGACGGCCAACUGUGGAGACUCCGCCACACUGCCGCAGGAGACCUGUGUGAUGGGCACUGGACCGAGCUGCACAGUGGAUGCUGCACAAAGCUACAUGCGCACCUUCACGCCAACCCAGGAGGAGCUGGACAGUCUGAUUUGUGACUUUGACGCUGAACCGCUGAUUGUUCCCAUUUUGCCUGAACAACCAUCCUCCACGAGCUUUGCACCAUCCUCCACCGUCCAGACUUCCGCAACAUCAGCAACAUCCCUAUACAGAGGAGUUUUCAUGACUUUCCUUGUCACGUCUCUAUCGCAGGCGUGAUCUCUGUCUUCUUGCAUGGAACAUGAAUCACAAGUGGUGCUGGAGAACAGAUUGCUCACCAACGGGACAAUGAAUCCCGGUUAAAAAACCCUGACCAUCUGACCCGAAUGCAGGAGGUCUUGUGAGCGUUUGUGAACCUGAAAGCCAUCGGACACCUUUUUGGUCAGAAAACCCCACGAGUCAGUUUCACUCUUCCAUUUGGUCAGUUUCCUCGGUCAGUGGGUCAAUUUAAUUUGCGUGGUUUCACUCUUCCACGGCCAAGGCGGAUGGUCGGUGGAAGACUUGGUGUCUGAAAUUCCAAGCCGCCGUCUUUCAAGCUGCGAAGGAAAACCGUAGGUGCCUGCCAUUCAAAACCUUCAGUGUUCGUCCAGAUACA